GAGACUAAAUCUGAUACGUACUCUUUAAUUCUCCACCAGGGACAUUCUCAAGAUGAAAGUGUUUAACUGGAAAAAGACAAACUGCCACACUUUUAUGGCUCUGGCCUCAGUCGUGUAUACCAUUAUGUUCUGUGGUGUGACCUGCCAUGAGAAUGCUAUUACACAUGCUAUCCUAAGCAACAGCACAGGCAAUUUCAUCGGUAUGGCUAAUGUGCGUGGAGAUAACAUUCGUCCAACAGCAGAAGCCCCAGAACAAGUCAAACCUCAACAAGUUGUCGAUAUUCCUGAGAUAGCAUCCACAGAGUCCAACACAGGGAUAAUCAUUACUUCUGGCAGCCGCUCACAUAGUAACAAAGUGGAGUGUGUGGAUGAAGCUGCGGUGAGAGACAAAGAUGCAGUGAAGCUGAAGCUGAAGACCGUCUCCAGCUGUGAGGAAAACAAGGCAAAGAUUCAGAGCAUUCUGGAACAUCUGUGUAUUGACCGCAAGCUUGAAAUCUAUCAGAAGGACCACUCUAAUGAGAUGAUCCUAUCUGGAGGAUGUGUAGAAGGUGAUGUCAAAGGAAUGACCGACAAGUUUGAUAAUGAUAAUAUCAGGGAUAAGGUUGGUGUUGUAGAGGCAGAGCCUGUUUUGGUGAAUCACUCUCAAACUGUCCUGAUCUCAGUCCUUAUUGCUGGCCUGCUGCUUGCUGCUCUGCUCAUUGUUGCAUACAUCCUGAAAGUCCGCCGCACAGAGGCCAAAGGAGUGUGUCUGGCUGAAGAAUUGUUCCAGGUGGAUGAACAAAACCAGGGCAAUACUCUAUUGUCUGUAGCACCACUGCCCCCUCAAGAGCCAGUAGAAAAGCCCACCAGCAAUGGCGAGCCAUUGGAUUCACCUCCCACUAAUGGCCACUCAGCUUCUCAAACACCAGUUGCUGAUUCUGAGAUGUAAACACUGACUUCAGCAGAUGUGAAGGAUGGAAGAUUAAAACCCACCUCAAUUUACACAAUCCUAACCCCAUAUUAUAGAGGAUCUCAGUGAAUGUAUCAGGAUCAAAGACCGAGCAAAGAAGAUAUGACAGUGAUCAUUGCAAGGCUAAAAUAUACGGUGAAUGAAGUUAACAAUGAUAAUGAUGCCUCAAAUUGUACUGUGAAGACACUGAACACUGGUUAAUGCAUCCAUUUCUUGAGCCAAAGAACAGCUCAGCAUCCAAUGCUGCCAAUGCUAGUACAGCAAAAAUGCUUUAAAAAUGAAAAACCUUUCCCCCCUUUUUUUUUUAUUACUAGACUUGAUGUUUCUUAUUACCUCUCUUGUGCAGCCAGUCCUAUACUGAAUGGUAAUGCAGUCUUACAUGCUUUUAUUAUUGAUGAAGGAUUUCUAAAUGUUUAAGCAGGAUGAAACAUUUAAAAAGUGCUGUCUUGUAAGCUUUACAUGACGAUGAAUUAAUCAAACAUUUUACAUUGAAUGUGUUUUAUUAGUUCUAAAAAAAGGGAGAAAUAAUCUUUUAAAGCAUGAAAUGAUACAGUGUGGUUGCUGAAAGUAAACUCUUAGGAAAAAACAAAGGUUUUUUUAAGGGUUCUUUAAGAGAUCAUCAAAUAAACACAGGUUAUUUGCCUUUCUUGAAGGUUCCUAAGAGGAACCCUUCCUGAAACAGAAACACUUGGUACAGUAUGUGGUUCUACAUGAAACCACCAGUGAAGUGAAUUUUGAAUAUGUAAUAGAUUUCACAUUGGGCCAUAUUAAGACUUUUUUGACCAAACAAUACUACUCUUUAAAACAGCACAGCACAGAGUCAGAGAGGCUUUGGUUUACUGUCUUCUUCUUUUAAGUUAGCAAGCUUUAUUUGCAUGUAUUGUACUGCAAAAUAAAAGGAUGCAAUUUCAGGAAGACAUUCAGGAGCUAAGUGAUGGUGGCAGUCCCUGAAAUGAAGACUAAUUCUUCAGCAGCUCUUUGCCAGCUGGCAUGAGUGAGAUAUAGUGAGGAAUUGGAUUGGCCAAUUCACUCAUUUGUACAUAUUAUAGUUCCUUUUCCUAGCCAUCUGUUAGCAUUAGGGGAUUUCCUAUAGUCAUAGCUUAAAGUAAUUUCAUUAUACAUUAAUAAUGUACAAAUGUUUAGUUGUUUUUUUUUUCAGAAUUUUGUUUUCAGAGCAAGUUAAUGCUUUACUUUAAACCAAAGGCUAUUGUAACUGUAUAUUGUGUCAUUGCUAUGGUUGCUGCAUUAUGCAUUAAACCUUAGCUAUAUGUCAUGGAACAA